AAACAUGGUUUCUUUCUUUCACUCUCAAGCCAAGUGAAUUAACACUAUGCUUCUUCUUCAUCAUCAUCAUCUCGUUCUUCCUCAAAACACAGAAACACAAACAACAAUAUAGUAACCAACAAAAACAAUGACACCAAACACAAUCAAAGAAACCUCAACAUCAUCAUCAUGUUCUCAAAACAUCAUAGAUCAUCAUCAUCUUCCUCUUCAUCUCCUCAGAUCCGACACAAUCCCACCAUCACCAACUCUCUCCAAUUCCACUAUCGAUUUCCUUCCAAACUUCUCCGGUUACUCAUGGAUCGCUUAUGGAGCUUCUUCCCUUCUCGUCAUCACCCAUUUCCCUUCUCCUCUUUCCGAUCUUCAAUCACGUAUCGGUCCUAUUUUUCGUCAAUUCUUUGAACUUUCAUGUCAUCAUUCUUCUCCUGUUUCAUCUGUUUCUUGGGCACCCCAGAUGCCUUCUCAUGGUGAUCUUGCUGCUGCUGCUGAAAAUUCUAUCUGGGUUUUUAACCAUGGUUCUGUUAAGUCUAAAGGUUCUUUUUGUUGGAGCCAGAAUGCAGUGCUUGUACAACGUACAAAAGUGGAGACCAUCAGAUGGACAGGAUCAGGGGACGGAAUCAUUUCUGGUGGAAUGGAGGUAGUUUUCUGGAAGAAGAGUAACAAAUGUUGGGAAAUCGCGUGGAAGUUCAAAGCAGAUCAGCCCCAAACAGUCGUAAGUGCAACCUGGUCUGUUGAAGGCCCUUCAGCAACUGCAUCACGUCCUAGUAAAGAACAGAUUGAAGGGUCCUUAAUCAAUCAGGUAAGCAAAUGUGUGUUUGUAUGUCAGAGCAAUGGAGUAUGUGAAUAUUCAAAAGCCAAACUUCAACACCCUCUACCUGUUGUGACAAUUCAAUGGAGACCAUCAAGGGGAAGACUAUCAAACAGAUACAGUAGGUAUUCAAAAGGGAAUGUAUUACUGACAUGCUGCUUAGAUGGAACUGCUAGGUUAUGGAGUGAGGUUGAUAAUGGAAAGACCAAGAGGGCUGGGAAGAACACAGGGUCCUCUUUUUGUGUUGUUGCUGUUAUUGAGAUUAGUCAGUGUUUAAAUGGAACUCUUGGUUCAGAUAUAUUUGUGAUGUGGGGUACGGAAAUUGUGGGGUUAUUUAGAAGAGGUGAAGGAGACAAACAAAUUUUUUCCAACGAAGAAUUUGAGCACGACGUGAGAAAGUGUGAUUGGUUAGUUGGAUAUGGUCCUGGAAUGUUGCUUAGCUUUUGGGCUGUCCACUGUCUUGAUGAUGUUUCCCCGCUGAGAUUUCCCCGAGUUACAUUAUGGAAGAAGCAUGAACUUCAGAGCCAUGACAUAGGAACCAUUUAUAAGUUUGACUCAUCUGAUUUUAAAAACGCAUUACUUAUGCAGAAUAAAGUCAUUAUAUCAAGAAACUCCUUGUCUGGUCCACCAAGUAUAUGCUCUUUACUUCAGCUCUUACCUUGUAAUUCCUUAGUUUGGUCAUUUUUCCAUAUUCAAGAAACACAUGACGCUGUUGAGAACUCCCUUGAUAAUGGUAAAACAGAUGCAAUAUCUUCCCAUUUGACUGGUGGGUCUUUAAACUUAGAUGGACACAGUGGGAAAAUAUUAAAGGUUUCGAUUCAUCCUUAUACAAGUGAAGCUCAAGUUGCUGCUUCUCUUGAUUCUAAUGGGCUGCUUAUUUUUUGGUCACUUUCUAAUAUUUCAAACUCCAUUUUGGGAUGUCCAACCUUGGUUCCUACUUGGGAACUCUGUGGAAAGCUUGCAACUCAACACUCGUGCUCCAUGUAUACAAGCUUGACAUGGGCACCUUCAAUACUUGAUGAGCAACUGGUGUUUUUUAUGGGACAUAACAGGGGGAUUGAUUGCUUCAUAGUCGAUAUUAGUCGAACUGAAGAGGAAAAUAUAGAAUGUCACUACUUAUGCACUAUUCCCUUCACUGGUCAUGGUCCUUAUGAGGAUGGCCCACACGACAUAUUUGCAAUUCCUUUGAACUCUACGUGUAAUAAAACAUUUCGUAAUAAUAAACUUAUGCUAUUGGCAAUUUGGAUGGGGAGAUUUGAAGCUCUAUCAUGGGAAGUCAACUUGCACUCUUUUGACAUGUCAACAAGCUGUUCUGAAUGCAACUUUGAUGCUAAAAGCAUUGACGACAACAGUGUUUGGGCAUUUGAAAGUACAUAUGCUAGUAAAAGAUAUUACAUUACUGUAAUUCCAUGUUCAUCCGACUUUCCAAGUUCCAAUGAUUCGGUUACUAGUUUUGCAGUGGCGGAUCCAGGAACCCUGAGUCACAGACAACAGGAGUUAGGCUUUGCAAAUGAUCUUUGUAGUAGCUCUCCUACAUAUAUCUUGGCCACAGGCUGCUCUGAUGGUAGCUUGAAACUCUGGAAAAGUAACUGUGACAAUCCGUUGACCCUGAACUUGCCGUGGGAGCUUGUGGGUAUGUUUGUUGCACAUACUGGUCCUGUCAAAGGUAUAUGUUUCACUGAUUGUGGUCAGAAAGUUGCUACGUUCUGCAACGGAAAUGAUUCGAAUGCUGUCAAUACGAUCCAUAUAUGGGAUGCUAUAAAUCUGAUCAUUUCAGGGACAUUUAUUUUAGAAGAUACACUCACGGUUGAAAGUGAUAUUACUACUCUCAAGUGGUUAACUUUAGGGACUGGUGAGUUAUUGCUUGGAGUUUGUUUGCAAAAUGAAUUGCAAGUAUAUGCUCGGAAGCGUUGUGACGGCCUGACUACGUCAAACUCUGUAAAUUUUCUAAAAUUAAAUGUAUGGUCUCAGAUUGCAUUUGCUCAAACUUCCCUUCCAAUAAAUGAUUUCUUAUGGGGACCCAGAGCUGCUCCAGUGGUAAUUCAUGGAAAUUACUUCAGUAUAUUUAGUCAUUGGUUGUUCCAUGUGGAUAAAAAGCAACAGAGUAAUUUUCGUUCUCGUGACUCGGAUCCAAGGGCCAAUAAUUGCAAGAUUGAAACAUAUGAAGACAUAAGUUCUGCCGUUUUUACUGAUUGUGACAUUGGUACUUUCAGAGAGCUUUCAACUGUAGACAGUCUUGCAGAUUGCGAUUCGAAGCAGUCCAUCACAAAUAAUGUGAACAGCAAUAACCUGUACAGCAGCGUGAUUCUUGCCAAGGAACAAUUAAAAUCUGAACUCCUUACCAAGGUUGGUUUGUGGAGCAUCUUAGAAGUAGCUGAUCUGAUCGGUGGAUCUUUGCCUACUUAUCACCCUGAUGUACUUCUUAUCAAUAUAAGUUCAGGCAACUGGAAACGUGCUUAUGCAGCUGUUAAGCAUUUUGUUGAAUGCCUGAUUUCUAAUUAUGAUCCUAAAAAGAGACAGAUCACCAGAAGGAAUGGUCUUCCAAGUAUCAUAUUGUCAGAUUAUUUAGAAGGCCGUAUGCCAAAAAGUUCGCAAGAUAAGGGAUUUAAUUGGAGUGGGGAUGUUGCGUCAAUCACUUCAUUUUCACAGGCUCAAAGUAGCUCGUUCCAGUUUCCAUAUCAUUCGGAUUCCAGUUCUGAAAAUAAAAGAAGUUCCACCUCAACUAGUUCUGAGCUUAAUGGCUUUAUUGAAUCUUUAGAGAAUUUUCCCAAUUUACCACAUUUGAUCAACAUAGAAAGGACAGAGAUUCUCUCAAUCAUUGAUCUGCUCAGGGAAGUUAGUAAUCCAGACUCCUCUUCUGCAUAUCAAAGUCUUGAUGAACCCGGACGAAGGUUUUGGGUUGCACUAAGGUUUCAGCAACUACAUUUCCAACGGAAGUUUGCUAGAGCUGCAUCUAUCGAGGAGAUGAUCAUUAACUCAAGGUUGUUCGUAUGGGCUUACCACUCUGACUGUGUAGGAAAUCUAUUUGGUUCUGUCAUACCCAAUGAACCAUCGUGGCAAGAAAUGCGUGCUUUGGGUAUGGGGUUUUGGUAUGCUAACAUACCUCAAUUGCGUGCAAGGAUGGAGAAAUUAGCAAGAGCACAAUAUUUGAAGAACAAAAAUCCUAAGGAUUGUGCGUUGCUGUAUAUUGCAUUAAACAGAGUUCAAGUUUUAGCCGGCCUUUUCAAAAUCAGUAGGGAUGAGAAGGACAAGCCUUUAGUGAGUUUUCUCUUGCGCAAUUUUCAGGAUGAGAAAAAUAAAGCUGCUGCUUUAAAAAAUGCUUACGUCUUAUUGGGAAAGCAUCAGCUGGAAUUGGCGGUUGCUUUCUUUCUUCUUGGAGGUGAUCAUUCUUCUGCUAUAAAUGUUUGUGCUAAGAACCUUGGGGACGAACAACUUGCACUAGUCAUUUGUCGCCUUGUUGAAGGCCAUGGCGGACCAUUGGAGCAUCACUUAAUUGCUAAGUAUAUAUUUCCAUCGGCAAUCGAUAGAGGAGACUACUGGCUGGCUAGCCUUCUAGAGUGGGAAAUGGGUAAUUGCUAUCAAUCUUUUCACAGAAUGCUAGAGUUUUCAGUAAACACUGUGGCUCCCGAGUCGACCAUCAUGUCCAAUUCUGGUUCUUUUCUGGACCCUACUAUUGGUUUUUAUUGUCAAAUGCUUGCUGCAAAGAAUAGCACGCGGAAUGCUGUAGGAGAGCAAAAUUCUGCUAUCCUUUUAAGGUGGGCAACUUUGAUGACAGUUACUGCCCUAAAAAGAUGUGGUAUUCCUCUUGAGGCAUUGGAGUAUUUCUCAUCUUCACCGAGCAUGCUUGGGACUGCAGAUCAAGAGAAUGAAUUGGGCGAUGUUCUGUCCAGUACAUUAAAGCCUUUGCCAGGAAAAUCGUCUAACUGGUUAUCUGCUGAUUUAUCUGUGCAUCUGGAGUUUCAAGUUAAAUUGAAUUUGGCCCUUGGCUACUUAUCAAAACUGAUAAGAGAGCAUCCAAGUUGGCCUAACACUUUUACAGAAUCUGAUAAAGAAGCCUCUUAUUCUGAAGAGUACAUGAUUCAGUACGAGAAAUCAAAUGAUAGUUUUAAACAAAAGUUAUACGCAGGGUUUGAUCUUUUCGAACAAAGGUUUUCACUGACUCCAUGCUAUCUAAUCAGCUCGAUCUUACUCUUACUUUGCCAUCACGGACUAUGGUACAUUGGGUAUGAUGUGACAGAUGGAAGCACUCAUGGAGAACCAUCUCAAAAGAAGACCGAUAGAUUUGAUGUUUCCAAUUUAUCUCCUUCUCAAUUCAAACCCCUGUUUAAAGCUGCAGAAGAAAUCUCCUUUUUGUAUUCAAGAUUUUUUUCUGCCUGCGGUAUGGUAUAUUCUCAACAAAGCUCAACUCCUGAGACAGGUGCAUCAGCUGAUAUCAAAUCUAAAUUUUUGGAUACUUCCCAGUGUCACUUUGAAGGUCUUCUGAAUUCAUUGUGGUAUUUAAGAGCUGUUUUGAGGAGUCAAUUGAGGUCUAUUAGCAAAGAUCUUGUCAAAAAGCAUCUUGAAAUCCUUGAUUUAUUUGAAUACUAUUUAUAUUUUUCAUUAGCCUGGCUUCAUAGAAACUCGGAAGCCCUUUUAUUUAUGGUGCAACCUUUCUUGAUUGCACAUGAUGGUUGUAAUCCUUAUGAGGUUGAUAUGGUGAAUCUUAAGAAACUUAUCCCAAAAGUUGCACAGUUGUUGGCUCAAAAUUCUUUCAUUACUAAUGUAGAAAGCCUUCAAAUAUCCAAAUGUGCAGAGGAUAAACUAGAUGCAGAUAUGAAGUAUUCAGUUCCUGAUGAUGAAAAAUGGAAGAUAUUAGGGACCUGCUUGUGGCAGCAUAUGUCUAGAUUCAUGAUAUCUAAUUUGAAUUUGGUUCUUGCCAAACUUGAAGAUGAAAAUGUGUCUGGUUCUUUCCACAGAUAUAGGGAAUCUAAUACUCCUAGAAAUUUGGAUUCUGAUAGCAUCAGCUUACCAGAGCAGAUUCUAUUAGUCACAUUUAACUUAUGUGAUUUACUGACGACAACAGUUACUCACAUUUCUUCUUAUCAUAUUAAACAACUUGCGGAAUUUUUGUGGCAGAAAUUGGAGAAUGAUUCAAAUGUUAUGACUCUUGAAUGGUUAAAACAAACAAGGCAGUCAGAAUCCAAUCAGAACAAUAACCUGAACAUUUCGGAAUUGGUCAACGGAAAAGAUAACUAUCUUGUUCAUCAGUUACUAUGGGAUCACUGUGCUGAUCCCAAAUUGAUACGCGACUGCUUUGCACAGGAGAAACUCAAUUGGUUAAAGGAUUCGGAUCAUAAGCCUAUGAAAGGAUGGAAUGACCUGUAUACAAUUAUGACAGGAUUGCAUAAAACCGAUGACUCACAUGAUAAUCAUGAAAUAGAAUCUCCUGUUAAAGGAAUACUUCCAAGUGGCCAUGCUUCUGCAAGAUCCAACUCGAAAGAUAUAACUUGUGCUAAUAUUGAUGACUUUCAGAGUCCCAGAGAAAUUUACAAGAGAAAUGGAGAACUUUUGGAGGCACUGUGUAUAAACUCUACCAAUCAACAGGAAGCUGCGGUUGCUACCAACCGGAAGGGUAUAGUAUUCUUUCACUUGGAAGAUGAGAUUCCUUUUAGUGGCGAAGCAGACCUUUUGUGGACCAAGGCCGAUUGGCCACAAAAUGGAUGGGCAGGUUCAGAAUCCACCCCUGCUCCUACUUGUGUUUCUCCUGGUGUUGGCCUUGGGAGGAAAAAAGGGGCACACCUCGGUCUUGGUGGAGCAACUGUUGGUAUGGAUUCUUCAGCUUGGCCUAGCAGAGACUUGACAGGCAAUGGAGCUUUAGCAAUGCUAGGUUAUGCUGGUAUUGGUGCCUCUGGAUUGGGUUGGGAAACUCAACAAGACUUUGAGGAUUUUGUUGAUCCACCUGCUACUUUGGAGAAUACAAGUUCCAGGGCUUUUUCUAGUCAUCCAAUGAGGUCUUUCUUCUUGGUUGGUUCAAGCAAUACACACAUUUACUUGUGGGAGUUCAAUAAGGACAAAGCUACUGCUACAUAUGGGGUGCUUCCUGCUGCGAAUGUCCCUCCACCUUAUGCUCUUGCGUCAAUUUCAGCUUUACAGUUUGACCACUUUGGGCAUCGUUUUGCCAGUGCUGCAUUAGAUGGAACCGUCUGCACAUGGCAGCUGGAGGUAGGAGGAAGGAGCAAUGUUCGUCCAACAGAAUCAUCCCUCUGCUUUAAUGGCCAAGCAUCGGAUGUCACGUACGUUUCCUCUAGUGGAUCAAUAAUAGCCGUGGCUGGAUAUAGCUCUAAUAAUGUUAAUGUGGUUAUAUGGGAUACUUUAGCUCCACCUUCAACUUCUCGAGCUUCUAUUUUAUGUCAUGAAGGUGGUGCGCGCUCCCUUUCUGUAUUUGACAAUCAACUAGGAAGUGGUUCUGUUUCCCCUCUAAUUGUGACUGGUGGUAAAGGCGGCGAUGUUGGACUUCACGACUUCCGCUAUAUAGCUACAGGAAAGGCGAAAAGGCACAGGCGUUCUGAUAGCAUUGGGCAUAGCUCUCUCACAUCUUUGAAUUAUGACAAGGACCAUAAUGUUGAUGGGAUGCUUUGGUAUAUUCCAAAGGCACAUUCAGCGAGUGUCACAAAAAUAGCUACCAUCCCAAAUACCAGCUUGUUUUUGACUGGAAGCACAGAUGGAGAUGUCAAGCUCUGGGAUGCCGAGAGCUCAAAGUUAUUACAUCACUGGUCUAAGCUACAUGAUAAACACACUUUUCUCCAGUCAGGCUCUCGUGGAUUUGGCGGCGUUGUUCGGGCUGCUGUUACGGACAUUCAAGUUGUUCCACAUGGUUUUCUUACGUGCGGUGGGGAUGGAAAUGUAAAGCUUGUACAGUUGAAAAGUCACCUGCGUGGCUUCGGGGAUGAGUAACGAUACGUUUGAGAUGCUUCAUUAUUGAUGUUAAUCUCUACUAUUGCACCAAAUGCUCUUGGUGAAAGUGGUUAAAUUUUUUUGAUCGCCGAUUUUGACAACUUGCAUAAGAAAAUGUGCAAAUUUCCGAAGCCACAGUGUCUCUAUUGAGACAGAGCUCAUCAUGUUAUGCUAAGAUCUACUAGAGGCAGAGCAUAAAUUCACUGGGGACAGUAAUCAGUCCUUAACUUGGGAAAGCAUUUCAUCCUGGAACAUGAACAUCUCAUGCUAGUGAACCUCAUUGCUUUGAUUACUAAAUGGGUUCCGUUUUGUUCUAGUCAUUCAUUCUUCAGUUAGGUUCUAGUCAUUCUUUUUGUAUAGUAUAAGUUCAAUCACUUGGUCAGGCAUUCUGUGGUAUGAAUACCUCAAGCCUAUAAUUUUUUUUGAAAAUAUAUAGUCUUGUAAUAUUUUAUGUGUAUUACCUUUUGAGCUCAAUCACUUGAUUAUAGUGUGUUUAUUUGAAAAAGGAAUAAGAACAUAUGAUAAUGUUGGUAUCAAAGAUAAAUGUCCAAAAACCCCUACUUCUCCGGUGGUUUGCGACAGCGAGUACUGUUGCAUAAGGGGCUGGUUUUGUUUAAAAUGUCGGAUCAGCAUCCAGAAAAUGAUUUGGAAGGGAGUGUGGAACAGUUGGCAGCUUUGAUAGACCAAGAAAAGUUGAUGUGUUUGUUCUCCUAAGGAACUGUUAAUUAGAUGGUACAAGAAAAUACUUAAAAUCACAUUGAAAAUUAAAAGUGAUACUCUUUUUAAGACAAAUACUUUUUUAUAAAUGUUAUAGUUACCAUGAGGUAUAUAAA